CUGGUCUCGAGGGAGUUUUGGGGCUUACGCGUGCGGUGGCGGAGCAGGAGCGGUUGGGCUGAGCAGCCGGAGGACAAGCAGGAACACAUUAUCUAAGCAACCAUGCUGGCUGCUAGGCUAGUAUGCCUCAGGGCAUUAUCGUGCCAGACUAUCCGUCCCACCAUUAGUCAGGCUUCUCCUGCUUUGAGGAACUCCAAUAUAAAAGCGUACAGGCUGUGGCAGCCAAACCAGUGUUAUGCCACCAGAGUAAGAACAGGUGUACGUCAUGGAAAGCUUGGCCAGGAAAUCAAAGAAGCAGCAUUUGAGCCAUCUGCAGAGACAGCACUUAAAGCUGAUCGCCUGGGAAAAUUUAUUGUUGCUGGAGGUGCUGCUGUUGGCCUGGGUGCUCUCUGUUACUAUGGAUUGGGCAUGUCCAGUGAGAUUGGAGCUAUUGAAAGAGCUGUUAUUUGGCCACAGUAUGUGAAGGACAGGAUCCACACUACUUACAUGUACUUCGCUGGAAGCAUUGGCUUGACAGCACUCUCUGCUGUGGCAGUAAGCAGAUCUCCAGCACUCAUGAGUCUUAUGACCAAAGGCUCCUGGCUGGCAAUAGGUGCAACUUUUGCAGCUAUGAUUGGUGCUGGCAUGUUGGUCAGGUCCAUAUCCUAUGAAAAUAGUCCAGCAGCUAAACAUCUGGCUUGGAUGAUGCAUUCAGGUGUCAUGGGUGCAGUGGUGGCUCCUCUAACCUUCUUGGGUGGUCCUUUGCUGGUCAGAGCUGCUUGGUAUACUGCUGGAAUCGUUGGAGGGCUCUCAACUGUUGCCAUGUGUGCUCCAAGUGAAAAAUUUCUGAACAUGGGAGGACCGCUUGGAAUAGGCUUAGGCUUUGUUUUUGCUUCUUCAAUUGGAUCCAUGUUCUUGCCUCCUACUUCUGCCUUUGGUGCUGGCUUGUAUUCAGUAGCUGUUUAUGGUGGAUUGGUCCUUUUUGGCAUGUUCCUGCUCUACGAUACCCAGCAUGUUAUCAAGCGUGCAGAAACUAUUCCAUAUUACGGAGUAACAAAAUAUGAUCCAAUCAAUGCGUGCAUGGGCAUCUACACAGAUACACUGAACAUCUUCAUUCGAGUGGCCACCAUGCUUGCAGGCGGUGGAGGUGUCAAGAGAAAGUAAACUGAGACUUGUCUUUGCCACUAUGGCAGCCCACCUAGUGCACAUAAUAAAUAAAAAUUCAUGGCUUCAAGCAGUUUUGCUGCAAGUCAGAAGAUUAAAGCAUUUCAGAGUAUUGUUUCAGUGCAAUGUGAUCCAGAGUCAAUAUUUUCCAGCCCUGUGUUUAAAAUGCUUCUAAUUGUACAUUAUUUUGGGAAAGGAAAUAUUUUUUAAUAUAUGAGUAAAAUAAUGUAUCUGCUUUUCAAUGGGUUUGACAGCAGUUCAACUCUAUUUUUUUACUGUUCCUGCAUAGCAAAGGAAGUAAGUUGUAAACCGUUAUCCCAUAUGCAGAUGGAGACACAAGCUACUUCAUUGAAUGCUGUUGAGAUGCAUCAGAUUCAAUUAAGAUUGCAAAAAUUGUAUUUUAGUGAGACAAAGAAGAACUGAAGAAAUUGGGGUACAGCACUAAAUGCAGUAAUGACUCCUGUCUGGGCAGAAGUUUCAGAAAGGUUUAAGCAGUUGUCAGAAAUGCAUUGGGUUUGACAGGUGAAGGAGACAAGGUGAGGAAACUGCAGCAUUCAGGAGUACAUGUGAGAACUCCUUACUUAAAUGCUGACUGGAUAUAAUAGCUGUGUUCUGAUAAUAGAUUUAUCAAGCUGUUGAAUAGCAAGAGGCAUGUCUUUUUUUCCCCAUGAAUAAAUUCCAGUAUUGUGGAUGAAACUGCAUCCUUCAGAAGAGCUGCUAGUGCUUAUCUGUAGCAAGCCUGUACAUAUGGCACAGAAAGAAGGAACUGAGGAUGACUUGCUGUAAAUCCAAAUAUAAAUUUACCAUGCUGUUUUAUGCUUUAAUCUUUCUAGCUUUUCUCCAAAUUAGUGUGUUUAGCUCAGUCUAAAAGAAAUAUUCCCUGUCAGUGGAAGUAAUUUAAGAUUAAGAAAUUAAUAUUCAACAAGCUUUAUUGCUGUAAGCUCAAAUAAGAGGUGAGUUCUUGGGCACAAGAAAGUUUUGAGCUAAUAUCAACAAUUCAGCAUAUUUACCAGAAGUCAAGUCUAUGUUUAUGUAUUGGCUUAUGGAACAAUAAAAUUCUAGUCUCACAAGUUGACUGUUCU